AUGGCGGCUGUGGCGGCCGAACUGGACAACAUGGAGGUGCAGGCGACCAACAACAACAGCGCCUGGGAGGGCGCCGAGCCCCGCGGCUGGGACGAGACCGCCGCCACCGCCAAGCUCUUCGAGUGCUCCCCGGUGGCCGGUCCCGCUGGCGCUUCCCAGAUCCAGGACAUCAGCGUGGAGACGGAGGACAACAGGGAGAAGAAGUCGGCCAAGGACGCGCUGCUGCUCUGGUGCCAGAUGAAGACGGCGGGGUACCCGGAGGUGAACAUCCAGAACUUCACCACGAGCUGGAGGGACGGCCUGGCCUUCAACGCCCUCAUCCACAAGCACAGGCCGGACCUCAUCGACUUCCAUAAGUUGACCAAGUCCAACGCGACCUACAACCUGCAGCAGGCCUUCAACACGGCCGAGCAGCACCUGGGGCUCAGCAAGCUGCUCGACCCCGAGGACGUCAACAUGGAGGACCCCGACGAGAAGUCCAUCAUUACCUACGUGGUCUCCUUCUACCACUACUUCUCCAAGAUGAAGGCGCUGGCCGUGGAGGGCAAGCGCAUCGGGAAGGUGCUGGACCAGGCCAUGGAGAUCGAGGGCAUCAUGGAGCGCUACGAGGCGCUGGCGGCCGAGCUGCUGGCCUGGAUCCAGCACACCAUCGCCAUCAUCAGCAACCAGAAGUUCGCCAACUCCUUGGCUGGUGUCCAGCAGCAGCUCCAGGCCUUCACGGCCUUCUGCACCCUGGAGAAACCCGUCAAGUUUCAGGAGAAGGGCAACCUGGAGGUGCUGCUCUUCACCAUCCAGAGCAAGCUGCGGGCCACCAACCGCAAGCUCUACGUGCCCAGCGAGGGCAAGAGCAUCUCCGACAUCAACAAGGCUUGGAGCUGCCUGGAGAAGGCUGAGCACGAGCGGGAGGUGGCCCUGCGGCACGAGCUCAUCCGCCAGGAGAAGCUGGAGCUGCUGGCCCAGCGCUUCGACCACAAAGCGGCCAUGCGGGAGACGUGGCUCAACGAGAACCAGCGCCUGGUGUCACAGGACAACUUUGGCUACGACCUGCCGGCGGUGGAGGCCGCCAUGAAGAAGCACGAGGCCAUCGAGGCCGACAUCUCCUCCUACCAGGAGCGCAUCCAGGUGGUGGUGGAGCUGGCGCUGGAGAUGGAGUCCGAGGGCUACUACGACACCAAGCGCAUCGGCGCCCAGAAGGACAACAUCCUGCGGCAGUGGGGGCUGCUCCCGCAGCUCCUGGCCGCCCGCCGCGCUCGUGGUGCAGCACAGGUGGGCGCGGGGACGGGCGGCAGGGGCCCCGUGCCACCCCUGGCCGCCCUCAGCAUCCCCGUCGUGCCCAGGUUUGAGAGCCUGGACCAGGAGAUGAACAGUGUCAUGGGCCGCAUCCUGGAUGUCAACCAGGUGGUGCAGCAGCUGGUGGAUGGCGGCCACCCCAGCGCCCAGGAGGUCCGCGCUUGCCAGGACCACCUCAACAGCAGCAUGAGCGAGGAGAAGGGCAAGGACGAGCAGAGCACCCUGCAGCUCCUCAAGAAGCACCUGCUGACGGAGCAGACGGUGGAGAACUACGAGGAGACCAUCGCGCAGCUCUCCCGGCAGUGCCGGGCGCUGCUCGAGCUGGGGCAUCCCGAGAGCGAACAGGUCAGCAGGCGGCAGUCGCAGGUUGACCGGCUGUACGUGUCUCUGAAGGACCUGGUGGAGGAGCGCAAGGCCAAGCUGGAGCAGCAGUACUGGCUCUACCAGCUCAGCCGCGAGGUGGACGAGCUGGAGCACUGGAUCGCCGAGAAGGAGGUGGUGGCCGGCUCCCCGGAGCUGGGGCAGGACUUCGAGCACGUCACGCUGCUGCAGGAGAAGUUCAUGGAGUUCGCCAGCGAGACCGGCAGCAUCGGGAACGAGCGGAUCUCCGCUGUGAACCAGAUGGUGGACGAGCUCAUUGACUAUGGCCAUGCAGACGCGGCCACCAUCGCCGAGUGGAAGGAUGGGGUCAACGAGGCCUGGGCUGACCUGCUGGAGCUGAUGGAGACGCGGGGGCAGGUGCGGCAGCUGCAGGAGGGGGCAGCGCAGCUGCGGACAGUCUACGCGGGCGAGAACGCGGAGGCCAUCGCCGCGCGCGAGCAGGAGGUGCUGCGCGCCUGGAAGGAGCUGCUGGCCUCGUGCGAGGAGUGUCGCCUGCACGUGGCCUCGGCCGCCGACAAGAUCCGCUUCACCGGCACCGCGCGGGACCUCAUCUCCUGGAUGGACGGCAUCAUCUGCCAGAUCGGCACCAGCGAGAAGCCCAGGGAUGUCUCCUCCGUGGAGGUGCUCAUGAGCUACCACCAAAGCCUCAAGAGCGAGAUCGAAGCACGCGGCAAGAGCAUCGCCGCCUGCCUGGAGCUGGGCAAGAACCUGGUGUUGGCCAAGAGCCCUGCAGCCGACGAGAUCAAAGCCCACGUGGAGAAGCUGGUGGCCAAGAAGAAGGAGAUGACAGAGAAGUGGGACCAGCACUGGGAAUGGCUGCAGCAGAUGCUGGAGGUGCACCAGUUCGCGCAGGAGGCCGUGGUGGCCGACGCGUGGCUCACGGCGCAGGAGCCGCUGCUCAAGAGCCAGGAGCUGGGCAACAGCGUGGAUGAGGUGGAGCAGCUCAUCCGGCGGCACGAGGCCUUCCGCAAGGCGGCCGCCGCCUGG